AUGCAGAUUUUUGUGAAAACGUUAACGGGCAAUACCCUUACUUUAGAUGUCGAACCGACCGAUACUAUUGAAAAGAUUAAAAGCAAGAUUCAGGAUAAGGACGGUAUUCCACCAAAUCAACGCCGAUUGAUUUAUGCCGGCAAGCAGUUAGAAGAUAGUUGCACGCUAACGAACUAUAACAUACAAAAGGGCGCGACUCUCCAUUUGGUUUUACGUUUACUUGGCGGUAAUGAUAUUGAUGUUAAGACACGACAAAAUAAAACCAUUGCAUUGAAGGUUGAGUCUUCUGACACCGCUCAAGGUGUCAAGGCAAAAAUUGAAGACAAAGAAAAUAUUCCUCCAAAUCAUCAGUAUUUGACUUCUGUCGGCAAUCAUUCAACCCCGUACUUGUCGCGGCGUUUGCGUGGUUGCAAUUAACAACUUUGCAAAGACCUAUUUUGCAAAGUUCAGCCAUGCAGUACACAUCGCUGAUUUAAAAGUCAAGAUUCAUCAUUUUUUGCCUAUUUGUCAUAUUAUCCUUUAGCAACGUAAUGUCCGAACUCUUAAAAAUUCCAUAAAUUCCGCCUGCAGUUCAUGCUGGCUGAUUCGUUGGGCUGCAUUUUCCAUCAAAAAAAAAAAAAAGAAAAGAAGAACAAGAUCUUCCCCUUAUCUCCUUAUACUGCUCGGCUAUUUUUAGAACACAACAUCACGAAUGGCGAAGGGGAGGUGAAGAAAUGCCAAAUACCUUAUACAUGGCUGGUAAAAAAGGGAAAAUAAAAU